CAAUAGAAGCGAUAUUAUCUUUCAGUUUAUUUUUCAGAUGAAUUUUGUGUUGUUGGCCACUGUGGUGGGGUUGGCUGCGUGUCAGUUCCAACAGUUCAGGUCCCCUGGUAGGCAGUUCUUCAGUGGCCAACCUCAGAGAUUUGGCGUUCAGGCAGAUGACGUCCGUGGUGGCAGCGAGUACUACUACUCUUGGAGACACGACGGUGGCAGAACGUACACUGGUAAUGCCGCUGCCAGCCUGUGUACAAGUCUGGGCGGAGGAUGGCAACCCGUGGGUAUCAGUUCUCCUGACGAAGUCGCGUACAUAAAUAGCAUCGUUGGGAGAGAAAGAUUGCAAUACACCUGGACUGGUGGUAUAAGGUCUGGCAACGGCUUCAGAUGGCAGAAUGGCGAGCCUUUUAGUGUUGCUGACUGGUCACACACAGGAGGAUUCAGUCGACCUCAACCAGACAACCGCGAGGGUCAGGAGAACUGCCUGGCCAUCCUCAACAACUUCUACAACGAUGGCAUUAAGUGGCACGACGUGGCCUGCCACCACGUGAAGCCAGUCAUAUGUGAACGUCGGGCAUAAAUCCCCUAACACAUUUCCACCCUCAACUAUCUCACCUUACUGAUCUUACUGAUUUGAGUUUCACCCAACGAUUCUGGAGUUCUCACCGUUUCUCUCCAUGUCGUGCCUGCCAUCUGCGCCUCAAGGAGAACUUUGCAAUUCCACUAAUUAUGUAUUUAUUUACUAAAUGUAUUUACACAAAUUUACUGUUGUAAAAAAUAAAUAUCAAGUAAUGAAGA